AUGUAUGGUUUAGAUGAUGUUACAUCAUGUGCCCAGCCGCCCCUGCAUUUAGCUUCAACUCCUCUCCGAGUCGGCGAUUUCGCUUCCCAUUUGAAACACCCGUCGCGGCAAUACCGCGAAUCCCCUUGCAGUAUAAAUGGAUGCUCUACUCACUCUGUCCGCAAACCCUUUUCCCUCUUCUUCUUCUUCUUCGUCUUUUACUCUUUUCCCGCACCCGUUGUUCCUUCCGACAACUGUUCGAUUCUCACUCGCUUCACUUUCAGCUUUCCACCCCAUGAAUGCUUCUUUCUCUCAAAGCUCAGUAAAGCCUCCAGAAUCGAACACAAACUGGUAUUUCCUCACGUGGGCCUUCGACCUACUAAACAGAUUUCAGUCCUAUGCAGUGGCAUCAACUCGACCGCCAAUCUUCAAGCUGAUACGAGGUUUCUCUUUCCUUUAUUCAGAGAAAUUGGACUCAACGAAAAAGAAACCGAAUUGCUUUUGGAAAAGAACCCAGCUAUUGCAUUGACAUCUUUGGAUUCAUUACGUGCUCGGGUUCAUUCUUUACAAUCAGUUGGGAUUGAUAGCCUUGCACUUUCUUACUUAAUUACGAAAUGCCCUACUGUGUUAACAGCUGAGGAAAUUGGCCCAUUUCUAUGUUUUGUGCGCGAUGAAUUGGAGUCUAAGAUUGAGCCUGCACAACUCAAGCGCAUUUUGACUAACACGGAUCCAAGAUUCUUGGUCGGAUUUGAUCAAAAGGUUAAACUGCUUCUUCAUCGGGGAGUUUCGUGUGAAAAGAUUGCUUUUGUACUUAACAAUGUUAAUUUAACCAAGGCGUUAUGUCAUAGGCCAGUCGAAGAAAUUGAUAGGAGUAUUGCCUUUUUGGGUCGCUUUGGUGGCAUUGAUUUGAUUGUAAAGCGACCGGUGAUUCUCAAUUAUGAUUUGGACAGUGAGUUGAUACCGAGAGUCAGGUUUCUCGUGGAGCUUAGUGGGGGAGAUAAGGACGCCACAGGGAAUGUGCUGCGGAAGUUUCCUAUGAUUUUGAGUUAUAGUGUGAAGCAUAUGGAGGGCCAUAUAGAGUUCUUGAGGUCUUUUGCUGGCCUAAAUGAUCAUGAAAUCUUCAAGAUUCUUCUUGUGUUUCCGAGUCUAGUUACUGCCAGCAGGGAGAGAAAAUUGCGUCCUAGAAUAGAGUUUCUCAAGCAAUGUGGGUUAGAAACCGAUGAUAUUUUCAAGUUCUUGAUCAAAGCUCCCUUGUUUCUAGGCUUGUCAUUUGAUAACGUCGAGUAUAAACUUGUGUUUUUAUUGAAGAUCGGGUAUAAAUAUAGAACGAGGGACAUGGCAGUGGCAAUGGGAUCUGUAACCAGAACAAGCUGUGAGAAUUUGCAAAAGGUAAUUGGGUUAUUCUUGCGUUAUGGGUUUUCGUGUGCUGACAUUGUUGCCAUGAGCACGAGGCAUCCCCAGGUACUGCAAUACAAUCAUAAUUCUUUGGAGGAGAAGGUGGAGUACUUGAUAGAGGGCAUGGGUCGUGAAGUUGGAGAGUUAUUGGCUUUUCCUGCAUUCCUUGGUUACAAGCUUGAUGAGAGAAUCAAGGCUAGGUAUGAGGCAAGGAAGAAGAUUGUUGGAGGUGGAAUGUCGCUGAAUAAGCUGUUAACUGUUUCGACUGAGAGAUUCUUGAGAAAGAAGAAAGGGACAAAGCUAUUACACAUGAUUGAGGAUCUGAAUGGCAAUGGAGGUUAGAUAAAUUGGAUAGCAGUUAUUUUCCUUUCUAUAAGAGAAUUGCAGCUUGGGAGUAUAGAAGAUUGAGUUAUUUCAUCUAACAAUCUAAGGCCUGAUGCUUGAGUAGGAGGAAAUCUGCUCUGAGAUAAGAUUUGUUAUGCUCAAAUAUCUGGAACUGACAAGUAUUUUUCUUUGAUACGUCAGAUCACAUGAAGAAUGAAAGUGAAACUGCUUUCUCAUCCAUUACUGCUCUUUUU